GCAAGGCCUGCUCGUUCCCAGAGUGUUGAAUACUUCAAUGCCCACUAAAGGUAAUUAUUGGAAACGAAGUUGACAAAUUAUCAUCGCAGUAGCCUCUGAAAAGGGACUGUCCCAGCUCCGGCUGUGACCUUGCUGUCGCUUUUGGAACAAAUUCGUACGGUUUCAAUCCAAGUCAAGAACCAUUCUGUACGGAUUAUCCCCCCGCCAGGAUGAAGAAGCUGCAGCAGUUUGUGGAGAAGAAAAAACUUGAUCACAAAUUCAAGCAAGCUGGGUCUGGUCACAGGCUUGAUGAGCAGAGACAAAUGCCAACUGUCUCUAGCUCCCAGCAGCAGCCCACUCGAUUGCCUCCAACACAGAGUGCAGCACGUGCCGGUGAGGCUGCCCUGGCCAGGAUACAGCAAGACAGGCGUGGUUCAGCAGCCAGUAAAACAAGAGCCCAGAAAGCCAGUGUGCGAGCCGAGGUAGAGGCUGAGCAAAUGGCUAUAGACAGGAUGAACAAGUUCACAGUGUCCUCACAGGCGUCAGGUAGGCCAACGACACCCGAGCAGCCAGUCUUCCGUGACGACCAGUCUCCGGUGUCUGUGAGUGGCAUCUUCUUCCGCUGUCCACUUGGCUGUGACCACAUUAUGCCCAAAGCAUCGGUGGACGAGCACCUGCAAUUGUGCAUACUCACCAGGUUGCUUCCGGAAAAUCCCCUUGAGGCGUCAGCCAAAAUGGUCCACACCUACAAUAAGGACAAGGAGAGACGCCAGGCUGGAAUAGACAUCAUGUGCAAAUAUCUAGACAAUGUGUGCAGUAAUCCUGGUGAGGAGAAGUACCAGAAGAUCCGCUUGGGCAACAGGACCUACCAGGAGAAGGUGGCGUGUCUCGAGGGGUCGCAGGAGUUCCUUCAGGCAGUUGGAUUCUUUCCAAAGAUGCUGCCCCACCAAGAGAAUGAAGAGGCCUUCCUUGUCCUAACCCCAGAGGCAGCAGCUAAAACAGAGCAGCUGCACUCAGCCUGUGAGCUGCUGCGGACCACCCAGCCCCUGAAGGCGACCCUCCACCGAGACAUGAAGAUCUAUCGGAAGUCCUCCCAUGCCAGCCAGUUCCGACUGCCCCCGGACUUCUAUCGACUCACACCGGAAGAGGUCAAGAGAGAGCAGCAGCUUAGGACUGAGGAGGUGGAACGCAAUGCCAUGCUACGAACCAAGGCGAUGAGGGAGGCCGAAGCCCAGAAGAAUCUUCGCCAAUAUCGAUACGCUCUGAUCAGAGUACGGUUCCCCAAUGGUAUUCUCCUCCAAGGUACAUUCCGUGCAUCGGAGAAUCUCUCUGCGGUCAUGGAGUUCACAAGGGGUGCACUGAUCAAUGACUGGCAGCCAUUUGUUCUAACUGAUGCGACGGGGAGGAAGCUGACAGAGGAGGACUGCACUUUGGCCGAAGCUCAAACUGGCACCAGCAGCCGUUGUUAACUUCUCAUGGGACGCAGCAAUAAUGGCGGAGAUUACUGCAGCUCAAGGGACUGUGCAGGAAGGAGAGUACCUCAAACCAGAGCUGAUAAAU